UGGCCGAGUGGUAGCCAAGCUCCCCUUUGUGCCACUUUCCUACAUCCAAGGUUUGUCCCAUCGUAAUCUUCUGGGUGAGGAUUAUACAGAUUGUUCCUUCAUCUUCCUCUACAUUCUAUGCACUAUGUCUAUUCGGCAGCCUUGAUCCUGCUCGCCAGCUGUCAGAUGCUUCACAAUCCCCGCUUCUUACUCAUUCCACCUGGUUUUCCUGGUCUGCUCCAUUGUGCAGCAAUGAGCACCAUCACUGGGACAUUUCAACUGCAGCAGCCCCUCAACUACCGAGAGGGUGCCCGCGUUGAGCCUGUGGAUGGAGAUCACAGUGAGGAGACGUAUGAACCAGCAACGGGGCGAGUUAUUGGCAAAUUUCUCUUCUCUGGAGAGAAGGAAGUAGACAUGGCUGUGCAAAAUGCACAGGCUGCCUUUAAAAUAUGGAGUCAGAAGUCCGGCAUGGAACGGAGCACUGUCCUGCUGGAGGCUGCCAGGAUAAUCCGGGAGCGAAGGGAAGAAAUAGCUACCUUGGAAACAAUCAAUAAUGGCAAAUCCAUAACUGAAGCCCGAAUAGAUAUUGAUACAUCUUGGCAGUGUCUGCAGUAUUAUGCCGGCUUAGCUGGCUCCCUAGCAGGCCAGCACAUCCAGCUUCCCGGGGGAUCCUUUGCUUAUACGAGAAGAGAACCUCUUGGAGUCUGUGUUGGAAUAGGAGCCUGGAACUACCCUUUCCAGAUUGCCUGCUGGAAGUCUGCCCCGGCUUUGGCCUGUGGUAAUGCAAUGGUCUUCAAGCCUUCUCCCUUCACCCCUAUCUCCACUGUGAUGCUGGCAGAGAUCUACCAUGAGGCUGGAGUUCCCAAGGGGCUUUUCAAUGUGGUGCAAGGUGGAGUUGCCACAGGCCAGUUCCUGUGCCAGCACCCGAAUGUGGCCAAGGUCUCUUUCACCGGGAGCGUUCCUACAGGAAUCAAGAUCAUGGAGAUGGCAGCCAAAGGGAUCAAGCCAGUUACUCUGGAGUUGGGGGGCAAAUCCCCCCUUAUCAUCUUCUCUGACUGUGUCCUGGAGAAUGCUGUAAAAGGAGCUCUCAUGGCCAACUUCCUCACACAAGGCGAGGUUUGUUGCAAUGGUACUCGGGUGUUUGUGCAAAACGAGAUACUGAAUUCCUUCACCAAAGAAGUCAUAAAACAGACACAGAAUAUCAAAAUUGGCGACCCCCUGCUAGAAGACACACGGAUGGGAGCACUUAUCAACAACUCCCACCUGGAGAAGGUGUUGAGCUUUGUUAAACAAGCAAAGGAUCAGGGCGCCCUGGUGCUGUGUGGAGGAGAAGCCUGUGUGCCAGAUGACCCUAAGCUGAGUGGUGGCUUUUACAUGUCUCCCUGUGUGCUAGGAAACUGUAAUGACAACAUGACAUGUGUACAAGAGGAGAUUUUUGGGCCUGUCAUGUCCAUCCUGCCCUUUGACACUGAAGAGGAAGUCCUAGAAAGAGCCAACAACACUCGUUUUGGCCUGGCAGGAGGUGUCUUUACCAGGGACAUCCAGCGGGCUCAUCGAGUCGUGGCUGCUCUCCAGGCGGGGAUGUGCUUCAUCAACAACUACAACGUCAGCCCUGUGGAGCUGCCCUUCGGAGGAUACAAGAUGUCAGGGUUUGGCCGAGAGAAUGGCGAAGCAGCAAUAGAAUAUUACUCUCAGCUGAAGACUGUCUGUGUGGAGAUGGGCAACGUGGAAUCAGUGUUCUAAUGG